AUGAGAUAUGAGAUUUGGCGUUUGGUUGAUAGAUGGAUGUAUCAAGGAUUACACGAUAUGCCGGAAGAUCAAAAGAAUGAUGCUUUCAAACAAUCAAAACGAAAAUAUACCAGUAAGAGAAAUCUCACCCUUUCUCAACCAUUUACUGUGAAUUUGACGCACCUUAGUCAAAUUGGGAAUUUCACCAGUUUGAUCACCAAGUUGUUGACACCAUUAGAAAGCAGUAAAGAUCCUUUCACAAAAUUUUCAUUAUUAUUUCCUUGCGACUUAGGGUUGGGGUACAGACUUAAUAACUACAUUGGUGUUUGGCCAUACAUUGAGUUCUUGAUGAUAGAUGUUUUGCCAACUCACAAGAUAUUGGUAGUUCAAGAGACCGUUCCAACUUGCAAAGAAUCCUUUUAG